AGAACAGAAGACUGGAACACCACUUUCUUCAACUCAUCCAGGGACCUCCAGCACCCCCCAUACCCAUUCUACCAACAGAACAUCACAUACGUGGACCUCUACCUCCACAAGCCCUCGGUGGUGGUAGUCUUCAUUGUGUCUUACCUGCUCAUUUUCCUGGUGUGCAUGGUGGGGAAUGGUGUUGUGUGUUUCAUUGUGUUGCGGAGCAAGAACAUGAGGACGGUCACCAACCUCUUUAUACUCAACCUGGCCAUCAGUGACCUACUGGUGGGCAUCUUCUGCAUGCCAACUACCCUGGUGGACAACAUCAUAACAGGCUGGCCUUUUGGGAGGUUAGUGUGUAAGCUGAGUGGGAUGGUUCAAGGCAUAUCAGUGUCAGCUUCAGUCUUUACUCUGGUGGCAAUAGCUGUGGAUAGGUUCCGCUGCAUCGUGUACCCCUUCAAGCAGAAGCUGACAAUCUCCACCUCCACACUGAUCAUCAUCAUCAUCUGGGUGCUGGCUAUCUCCAUAAUGUGUCCCUCAGGGGUCAUGCUCCAGGUGACCAAGGAGCAGCGUGUCCUUAUCCUACUGGGGGACGGCUACAACAACACCCGCCCCUUCUACUGGUGCCGUGAGAACUGGCCCAAUCAAGAGAUGAGGAAGAUCUACACCACCGUCCUAUUCGCUAACAUCUAUCUAGCCCCAUUAUCACUCAUUGUCAUCAUGUACGCCCGCAUCGGAUUCACUCUCUUUAAGACGGCUGUACCCUCCUCUGGCGGGUGCAGUGGUAGUGGCAGCAGCGGUGGGACAAAACCCAGCCUGGACAACCACCGUCAGUCAAAGAAGAAGAAGAGGGUGAUCAAGAUGCUGUUGGUAGUGGCGCUUCUCUUCAUCCUGUCAUGGCUCCCGCUGUGGACGCUGAUGAUGCUGAGCGACUACGCCAGCCUGACGGCAAGCCAGCACCGCAUCAUCAACAUCUACGUGUACCCGCUGGCCCACUGGCUGGCCUUCUUCAACUCCUCCGUCAACCCCAUCAUCUACGGCUUCUUCAAUGAGAACUUCCGACGGGGGUUCCAGGCCGCAUUUAAAUUCCAGCUGUGCUCCGCAGUCAUGGAGCGCCAGAAGACCUACUCGCAUCGUAUCCAAGGCAAUGCAGUGUUACCAGCGAAUCUGCACCUGCCGACCGGGCCCGGCUCAGGGGGGUCGGAAUUGGCUUUGGUGAACAGGAAGGGGUUGGGUCGGGAGGAAGUUGUCGGGCGGACAUCCGGCGGGCGAUCGUCAGAGAGCGACGUGAAGGAGCAGGAUCUGAUCAUGGAGGAUCUGGAGAAGGUAUCCCAGAUUUGA